UAGAGUAAAGUAGAGGGGUCCUAUCCAGCUACCUACACGCCCCUGUGUUUGGAUAACAUUCCCUUCAUGGACGCUAGUUUUGAAACAACAGCUGCAGGCAAUCUGCAACAGAUUUAGGUUUAUGUAUAACUGUCCAUCAUUAAUAUGUUAUUAGCUUUCGUUUGACAUAAUUUUCUCUGAAACUUUAUCAAGCCCACAGUGUACCAGACAGUAAAGGACAUCCAGCGUUUUAAGGCGAUUAAUUCUUUUAUCCGUGAAGAACAGGACCUUGAAAUGAGCAUGCGGUUCGGUUGCCAUGAUGACGGGAACACGCUAAUCCAAAGGGCUCCACAAUGUUGACGGACAUUCAGAAAGUUUGUUUUUAAAAUGGGACAAAAGCAUUUUGUUUAAAACAAAUUAAGAUACUCAUAGGAGCAGGGGGGGUUUAUGUCCACAUCUGUGGAGAGGAGACGAUCCUUCGCCUCAUAACGGACACAGAUUAUUCACGCUGUCGGAGAGAAAAUACAUCUCUGAGAGGAUGGUGAAAAAUAACAAUACUGGAGGGCUUCCCAAUCGCUCUUCCACGUGCACGACACAUAAGCCUGCAAACAGCAAGGACCUGAUACCGGUAGAUAAACCAGCCGACCACAACAUCCCUGCUGUUUCUCCAGAGCUCCAGACCACUGGCCAAGGUCAGCUGGGUUUUCCAGACAGAGUCUACCUGCUGGCGUCAGUCAUCUUCCAGAAUAACCACCUGGAGAAGCCUGCUGCCCACCGGUUGGUGAAUUAUGGCAAAGAAAGAGGGCUCCCGUUACCUGAAGUCAAAGAUGAGGAGAUGCACCGUACAGCGUAUGAGCUGGCCUUCAAUACACUUAAAUAUCAAGAGCUGCUGGAGGACAUUAUGAUUGACAGCUACUUUUACCUCACUCAGCCAAUGCCAGAUGAUCAGAUGAGCCUCUUUGCCGUCAUGCUCUAUGACUUCCAGGACAGAAAGUUCCUCCCACGGGAACGCCAUGGGGAGGAGGAGAUCGUACAGGAAGUUAAAGAUGUGGAGAGCUACUUCCUCAGGUUUAAAACCAAGCUGGCAGCAUCUCUGGCCCGCUGCAGAAUCAAACACGAUCUCUUGUCCAUUGAGCAUAUCCUGCCAGAGAGUGUAAAGAGGAAGCAGCAGAGAUCAAGCAGUCUUCCACUUUACGCAUGGGUCAACACACUGAAGAGCAGUGUCGAUGACGUCCAAAGUGUCCUGAAGAGUGCGGGCUUUUCGCAGGUGAAAUCGAUUGGGGAGCUGGAGGGCCAGACCUUCUGCCAGGAUCCCCACUGUGGGGAUAUACUGGUAUUCCCUGCUCAGCUGAAAGCUCAGCUGUACAGCACCAAGCUGCUUAGCGACCACACACUCAUCAUACAGGAUAAAUCUUGCAGCCUGGGCCCAAAUGCAGUGUGCGCCCUGCUACCAGAGGAAGGAGAUGUUCUUAUGUUGGGCUGCUUCUCUGGCCUCACCGUGUCCCACACUGCCUCCCUGAUUGCAGAGAAACACAAAGCCAACAGCAACGUUAAGCCCACAGUCUACGUUUGUGUCAGUGACCGUACAAACGCUCAGAGGGAGGAGCUGCAGCAGGCUGUAGCUGCCAUGGGCUCCAAGAAUGUGAAGCUGAUACCAGAGGUCUUCCAGUCUUUGGACAACAGAGACAAGCGACUCCAGAAGUUGCGUGUCAUCCUGUUGACCCCCAGGUGUUCCGUGUCUGCGGUCAGCAAUCCGGUCGAAUUCAUACUGCAAGAGAAUGGAGACACAGACCUGCUGCUGGACUUAUCCCAGAGCUCCAUAGCCCAGAGCAAACUGGAAGCUCUGGCAGCCCAGCAGAGGAAGGAUAUCAAUCAUGCCUUGAAGUUCUCUAAGGUUUUGGCAGUGGUGUACUCUACCUGUUCAUCAUACAAAGAGGAGAAUGAGGAGGUGGUGAGCAGAGCGCUGGAGCAAGCCAAGGCCCGCUCAGAGCAGGAGGGGGAACCAAAACGAGCAAACUUCAGGCUUAGUCCAUCUCCGUUCAGCAUUCCUGACCAUGCCGAGGGUCCAAUGAAAACACACCCCUUCUUCAUGCUGGAGCCCUCAGAACAGAGGAAUGGCUGCUUCCUAGCUGUCCUCAGCAGAGAGCCUGAGCCAGUCGUCAAAGAGGCACCAAAUGAAGUGCUUAUCAGAGCAAAUGCCAAAGGCAUACUGGACAGGAUCGGCUCCAACCAGCUAAUCACCAAAGAGCAGCAUAGACACACCAACAGGACGACAAAAACAACCCAUGGUCGCACCUCUCAGCCCCAUCUCUCUGUCAGUGUUCAUUCCAAAAACCAAGAGACCACGGGCAGCUACAGUACUACUCUGUGUGGACAUCAGGAAUUUACUAACAGGCGGCAGUCAUCAGAAGGAAAAGCCAAAGAAAUGCGCCUGCAGCCCUCAAAGAACACAGUGUCCAGCUCCUUCUCUUCCUCCAAAUCAGAAAGCAGCGCACCCAAGAAAAGCAUCACCGCUGUGUUAAACACAACUCCCCGUCCUCCUGCUACCCCGCUGGCCCGUCCCCGCAGAGCUCAUCAAGAGGUGCUGAAGCCUGUGGUGCUCGUCCUGCCUCCUGUUCACUUUCCCGACUUCUUCCCACCUCAGCUCAGCCAAACAGGAUGCAGCCCAAGCUUACACUACAAGUGGAGGCCCCCAGCUCAAAGUGUACACCUCUCCCGCUCCAGUGGGGGUCUCUCCAAGGAUGCUUUGGUCAAAUCCCGGCCCCUGUUUUGAGCUCACCAACACCAAUACACAUAUAAAACAAGUUAACUUGUUGUGCCAAAUGCUUACUUAAAUAAAGCCAGUAGUAUCUAAAUCUAACACCAACAUAUAUGCAAUGUUUUUGAUCUGCCAAAUUACAUAGAGCAUGUGGAAAAAGUCACCUUAGCCAUUAUUACUGGUCUUCAUGUGUCACAAAGAGCGGCCUUGCCACGGUCAGAAUCGAAUCAACUGCAUUGGGGCUGGGCCACUUCAUGAUAAAUACCUACUGCAUUACAUUCCACUAACCUGCAAAAUUAAAAGAAAUUUAAGAAGCUACUCUUUUUUUCUUUUGGUAAUGCAUUUAUUGUCACAACCGAUUACAUUUACAUGGUGUAGAGAUGAGUGAAGAACAGAACUGAAAUGAGUUACAGUAUCAUUCUUGUUUGUUUUGUUUUUGAGUGUGUGUGUGUGUGUGUUUGUCUGUUUUUUUUUCUCUCAUUUAGAUCAGACUGCAUUCACAGUUCAUGUGGAGUGCAGGUUGUAGAUAUGAGCCAUAGGAGCAGUGUAAAGGUUUUAUUAGCAGUGACAGCAGACUUUUUUUUUUUUUUUUUUUUUCUCUAUGUGCGUAUUUGUGUGUGUGUGUGUGUGUGUGGGGGGGGAGUAGACUUGUUGGUUUACUGAAGAAAAGGAAAUAUAGUUAACCUUUACUGUAUGGCACAGAUUUGAUGUUUUCCACGCUGUCCAAGAAGGGUGAACACUAUUAUGUACCACUGCUCAUAUAGCCUUGAGUGCCUAACAUCUGCCAGACGAAGCCUGGGAUUGGAAUUUCUUGCUAACACAUAAAUCUUGGGUGUAUGCAUAAAGAUUCCUGAGGAAAUUGUAAAGUUUGAACAUAGGCAAUGUAACAUUCUUGAGCUUUUAAACUCUGUUUUUCUAUAAUCUAUGCAAAAAAAGUACAAUCUUAACAAAUUAAAAGUUUCAAAAUACAUUAAAAACGGUUAUCUUUCUUUUGCUGAUCUAAAAAUCUGACUGACAUCCUAAAUUGUGAUUCUGUAAAUGGGGUAGAGAGUAACAUUCUAUUCAGGUAUGGGUCAGAAAUAGGCCAGAUUUUUUUUGUGCCAGUGUAAAUGCAGUAAUGGUUAUGUUGAAAUGACUUGUGCUAAGAGCAUUUAUUCUUUGUGUGUUCACCACUCUUCUGACUGAGACCCCUAUCAACAUAAAACACAUCUCAUCACGAAAACAUGCAAAACAAAGCCCAUUGUCCCACACUCCAUCUCUCCCUCAUAUCUACAAGUUUUGUGCCCUACAUUCUCUCUUCCUACAUACAAUCAUUUACAUCCACGUUAUCAUUACAAUCACUUCAUUCAUCCUCAAUAGAGAUGUUAAGUUUGAGCUCGUUUCAAGUCUGAGACACAUCGAAGUGAUGCCAUAUUGGUGGGGGAGAGCAUGUUAGCAGGGCCUUGUCUUUCUGGUCUUUUCUUAUUCACCUGUUCAAAUCCCACGACAGCAAGUCGACACCUUUUCUGUCGUCUCAGGCGUCCAGUCCAGGUGCUCUUACUGUGCUGAUGAUGUUUUUUACAGGAAGGGACAGAGCAUGAAAGAAAAUGGAGUAAACCAGUGAGUGGUUCCAUAAACCACACUGUUAACAGAAAUUGUAUCUUUUUAUUCUGGGUUAUCCUGAAUUCUGUCUGUAGAGUGUUUGAUCAAGUAAUCAAUCCAGCCCAGAAAUCCACAUACAGUGAAGGCCAAUGGAGCCUGCAGGUGGUUUCCACUCGGACACAGCGGCGUUCAAAAAUCAACCAGUGCUACCAGACUUUCCAUUCCGCCUCAUGAAAGCCAUGAGUUUUCUUGUCAUUUUUUUUUUUUUUUUUUAUCAUCAGGCCUACUGGAGAAUCGCUCUUCUUCUCUUCAUCUGCGGUGGUGUUUGUUAACAUAUAUGUACAUCGUCGGUUACCAUGGCU